AUGCUCGCGUUUGCAGCAAAUGAAGGCCAGCAGGCUUUGCUUGUUCAGACUUCAGAGAUUAAUGCCAAGAAAAAGCGAAAGAAGAACACCCACAACAAGCAAAACAGGCCGGCUCUUUCCCACGACUGGGCUCUUCCUUUCCCACUGGGCCCGAUUCUUCCUCGCGAUGGGCCUCAAUACUGGGCCGGCCCACUGGCCUACAGGCCGAGAGGAUCUGGAAGUCGAGUCUGCUCGUCUCCUUCCCAGUCCUCCAGAGCACAUGGCGGCAGCGGCGGCGGCGGCGAUCCUCCGCUCCGCUGCCCGCUCGCUCCGGCUCCGGCGGCCGCUGGAUCGGCAGGGGUGCCUUCUCGCGCGGCGCUCCGCCGAGGGCCUGAGCCCGAUCACUCGCCUCCUCAGCAGCUCCGUCCCCACGGAGGGGAGCAGAACAGGAAAGCCCAGGAGAAGAUAGGAGAUAUCUAUCAAAGGGUGUCAAUGAAGCUUGACAGGCUUACAGAUGUAAUGGAUAGGUACUCAAGGUUGCUUAAGCAAGUGGAGGCUCAGCUUAUAGAAAACAAGAAGCAUGCUGAAGCGAUAGAUUUGACUCCGUGGCUUGUGUCCUCUUUGGUGUUCUUCUUCCUCUACACCUAUAUGCAGGGCUGAUAAAGGAGUGGGAAAUGACAGGUGCCAGUAAACCCCUGUUUUCGUCUUGAUUUGUAAGAAAUGUGUUUCUUUUGGGAGGGAUAAGUAGAGUGAUACAGUGGCUUCAGACAUUCAGUGGCCAUUGCGAGGUUUCGUAGAGCAAACUAUUCCAUUGCAAUGUGCUGAAUGUUAUCAGAAUUAGUUUGAACUUAUCGUAUUAGUUAAUCGAUAGUCUCGAUAUGAUCAGAACAUUGGUUUAUCAGGGCUGUGCACAUAUAGGUGCUAAUGUUUUUCGUUUUCUGAAGACAGGAGUUAAGUAAUGGUGCCAAGCUUUUGUCUCCCCUAGAAUUUUUGGAGCGUUUAGUGACAGCUACAUGUGUUUUUGGCCCUCAAUA